GCGGAGCCGCUCGGCGGGGUGCGGGGCCGAGUGCGGGCGGCGGCCGCGAGUGCUCUAGGCGGCGACAUGUCCUCGGGGGUGGCCGCGCACCGCGACGCCAAGAAGCUGGUGCGCUCCCCCAGCGGCCUGCGCAUGGUGCCCGAGCACCGCGCCUUCGGGAGCCCGUUCGGCCUGGAGGAGCCGCAGUGGGUCCCGGACAAGGAGUGCUCAAGAUGCAUGCAGUGUGAUGCCAAGUUUGACUUUAUCACCAGAAAGCACCACUGCCGCCGCUGCGGGAAGUGCUUCUGCGACAGGUGCUGCAGCCAGAAGGUGCCCCUGCGGCGCAUGUGCUUCGUGGACCCGGUGCGGCAGUGCGCGGAGUGCGCCCUGGUGUCCCUGCGGGAGGCGGAGUUCUACGACAAGCAGCUCAAGGUGCUGCUGAACGUGCUGCCUCUCUGCUCGGUGGAGCUGCUGCACUUGUCUCUGGAGGAUCAGCCUGGGAGGGAGAGUGAGACUGGUGGAGCCACCUUCCUUGUAACUUUUGGAAACUCAGAGAAACCUGAAACCAUGGUUUGUCGUCUGUCCAACAAUCAGAGAUGCCUGAUUCUGGAUGGGCACAGCCACUGUGAAAUCGAAAUUGCACACAUCUCCACAGUGCAGAUGCUCACCGAGGGAUUCGCUCCUGGAGAAAAAGACAUUCACACUCACACCAGCCUCCUGGGGAGCCAGCCCGCCUCUGAAGCAGGCAGUGCCCGGGCUGCAGGCAUGUGCUUGCAGUACACGGUGCCAGGGUCCGAAGGCGCGGCCCAGCUGAAGCUGAUGGCUGGGGAGGACGGGAAUGCCAGCAAGAGGCCGGCAGCAGCAUGGCUGGCAGCUAUGCACAAGGCCACCAAGCUCCUCUACGAGUCUCGGGACCAGUAACUCACAUGUGAGCAACUGCAGCGUGUCUGGUCACCUUGAGCGCGCCCCAGCUGCUGGCCUCGCUGAGCACCACAGGGCCGACCAGGCUUGUGCUGGAAAUGCGACUCGAGUGUUGGGAGACACAAGGAGUUCACUUAGUGCAAUAUGUACACAGUUUAUUAACGCUUUAAACAGCUCCUCAUGCCUUAGCGUUUGUCUUUAUCCUGUUGAUUGUACUGGAGGUGGGCGAGGCUGAGCUACACUACUGCUAACCCGUUUUCAGCAUAACCAGUACCAUGUUUCUGAGCUCCCAGUGUCCCCUAGCGCUCCCCGUGACCUCCCCACAGACCUGGACUGGGCGGCGCUCACUCGGGCCGGGUGAGGCUGAGCCAGCACUAACUGGGGCAGUGAGCCACACUUUGACCCUUCACUACGCAGAAGGCUCCAGCUGUUUUCUACUUUUCACUUACUAUCUCACUUUAUUAAAAUGAUGGUAUAGCAAUUUGUAUAUAAAGCAUACAAUUAAAACCUAUUUUGAAAAUA